GUUGUUGAUUGCUUCAUGUUUGUUUCUUCUCUUUUCUUUCUCUUAUUCAACCAUUUGCAGAGGCUGGAACUGAGUUCUAUAUGGGCUCUUCUUGCUGCAUUUGAGGAUCCUCUUCCCAACCCUGCCAAUGCAGUUACAUUUCCUUUUGAAGGAGCUUUUGUAAAAGGAGUUGACUCUGUCUCUUGGAUGGCUAAUAAUGCAAAGAAAUUAUUGUGUUCCCAGAACACUGGCCCUCACUGUUGGACCUUUUUCAGUACAGCAACUUUUGGAAAGAGGAAUAAGGUUCCACAGGAAAAUAUUCCAACUGCCACGGCAGAGAGGGUGAAGGAGGCAAUGCUGGAGGGUGUUGAGAAUGCACUAGGACUAUCCAAAAGCUCACUUAAGAGACCAUUUUAUACCCGAUUGCAAUUGUGGGGUGCUGCUCUUCCCACUAAUACUCCAGGUAUCCCCUGCAUCUUUGAUCCUCAUGGAAGGGCUGGCAUAUGUGGUGAUUGGCUAUUGGGUUCAAGUUUAGAGGCAGCAGCCAUAAGUGGCAUAGCUCUUGCUAAUCAUAUUGCAGAUUACUUCCAAAGUGGUGGAGCUCGUCCAGAUGAAUUUGCUGUUGGUUUACAUAAUGAAUUUCAACCACUUAUCGGACAUGAUAUUGGACAAUUUCCUGGCCUAGAAUCUGAGGAACAAACAGUUAUGGCUCAGUCUAUUCAACUUAGCACUUGAGGUGGUUGUUGAAGUUCUAUAAACAUAUAAUUGUGUCAGCUGUUUCAAAGGGAGACCUCAGGAUUAAGCAGUGGAAUCAUCUGAAGGAAUGUUUUAUGGUGAGUUUUCUUAUGAUAAUUUGUAUGCUUUGAGAUAAAUGUCGAGACAUGUGCCUUUCGCAGCAUCAUGCUUAAAAUGGAUUAGAUUUGUCAUUGGCAGCUGCCUGUCUUGAGCCUACCUGCUCCCUGCUUUUGUAAUCUAUUCCCACACUUAAGGGUGAGUUUCAGGAGGCAUCUCUAAUGUUUUUAACAGUAUAACUGGGCUUCCUCCAUGUUGUCCCUGAAAUAUUUACAUCUCGUGUGUGGGCUGUAGUCCAUUUUAGAGUAAUGUACCCUUGAUAAAAAAACUGUAGAUAAGGAUUGUUAAAUGGAGGAUAAAGUGUAAUGUUAGGUUGAGUUUGAGUUAACGAAUGGACAUUGAAAGGGGAGGUUAUUGUUAUGCUAUGUGUUAUUUUCCCUUAUGGGUAUUUUUGUACUUCGAGCACUUUUAAUAUAAGUAUGAUUGUAUGAUGGAGAAAACCCUAAGUUACUCGCU